AUGGUCUUGGUGGCCCGUAUCGACAUGGCCUUGGUGGCCCGUACCGACAUGGUCUUGGUGGCCCGUAUCGACAUGGCCUUGGUGGCCCGUACCGACAUGGCCUUGGUGGCCCGUACCGACAUGGCCUUGGUGGCCCGUACCGACAUGGCCUUGGACUCGAAGCGCUCGGCGGAGAUCGUACCAUCGCCCUCCCUUGACGUGUUCUUACCGGAGGAUGAGGACAAUCCGUAUGAGUCCGUCACCACCGCCGUGACCCGCAARCCCUGCUCGCUGGACAUCGGCCUCUUCAACGCCUGCCCCCUCAACGGCCACUCUCCCCAGGUGAAGGUGACUGAGCCGGAGCUGUGUAACCAUAGGAACAGCUCCUCACCGACGGGGCCUACUCCAGACUGCUCUCCCCCUUCCCCAGACACUGCCCUGAAGAGCAUUGACAGAGUCAUCCGCCCACAGCCCAAACAGCGGACCUCCCUCUCUUCCUCCCUGGAUGUCCAGAACCAGAGGCCAGUCAACCACAGCUGUGAUCCCUCCGAGGUGAGCUCGUCCCUGGGCUACGCCAGCAUCAGCACCAGCCCCCCUGCCAGCCCGCCAGUCAGCCCCAACCAGGACUCACCCGGCUCCAACGACGACUGCCCCCUCACAGACGACGGGCUGUACCAGCAGAACCCUCCCCCCGCCUCUUCCAAUACACUCCCACUACCAGACGACCGACGACAAAGCCUCGUCCCCGUAGAGUUCGCCGGCCUCCUCCACGGCUCCUCGCCGGCCUGCGAGACGCCCGACACACCCUACCACCUCUACACCUCCAACACCAACCCCAAAGCCCGAAAACACACCCCCUCGGACCCCCACACCAGCCCGGUAACCACGCUCGGUAACCACGGCAAUCUCGCUUCGGUAACCCAGCCCUUUGAAUUAGGAAUUGGACUGCCACCGCCCCUCAUUAUCCCUCACACAGGAAACGAGGCGUUGGCUCUGAAGACCCCCAAAGACCCCCUCAAAGACGACAGACCCCCCAAACCUCAGGUAGUCUAUCGCACCAUCUUCCACACCCGGGUUAACCAGAACCCCCAGAGCGCCUCGCCCUCCUUCUCCUCGCCGUAUGGUUGGAACAGGGAGGCGGUGGUGGUGAGGGGGGGUGUGUCGGGAGCUGGCGGACCYAGGGAGGGGRCACCGGSKWCUGGRUACGAGGACAGGGCCUUUACCCUGGGCAGGAUGAGAUCCAUACCUCGCAGUGUGCUGGACCUAAAGCUCUCCAAGUCACUGUCCAAGUCUGACUCCAACCUGGUGGCUGUGUCGCCCAUACAG